GUUUACGGAAGUAGAUUUAGGUUGUCCUCCCAGACAGGAUCACACAGACGGCGGUGCUGGCAGCGAGAUGGCGGUGUAUCGGUGCAAUGUUUGCCAACGGACUGUCUUCUCCGGUAGAAGGAAACAUGUUUACGAAAAGGGACACCGAGAACGGCUGGCUGCCAUCCUAAAGGCAUUUGGGGCCAAGGUAUGUCCGCUCAAUGUUUAAUUGUGAUUAAUGUCCCAUGUGCAGGUUACAGGGAGGCUGUCCUGGUAAUCACAACAUAUAAUAUCAUCAGGGACACUCACUGCAAACGGCAAUCAGUAAUAUAGUAAUGAUUGUCACUGAUAUUGAUUUAUCUUGCUUCCAAAAAAAGAAUUAUCACAUGGCAGAAUAGCUCAGCAUCUGUAAUAGAAACUCAAUAAUAUGUUUGUCUCUAGAAAUACUAUAUAUUUUUAAAAUUCUUUAUUUUUGUAGUGCAUAGAGGUAUAACAAUGAGCAUGCGGUACCCCAACGGCAUUCCUCAUGCUUUUCAAGUAAUAAUGGUAACAAUAGGGUAUAUGUUAAUACGUGCACAUUUUAUAUGUUAAAUGAUUAUGAAGCUUGUCAGUCAGACUCAAUAACUUGGUGGUGUUUAAACAGGCUUAGACAAUGUAGGAACAUCUUUAAAUUUAAACAGGCUAAAGCUUACAUCAUAGUGAAUACGUUAUAUUAAGCAGUGGGUGAGUAUGUAUAUCUACAUUUAGAUAAUUUUUGACAGCUCAAUUUCAGUUUUAGAAAUACUAUUUUUAUUUAUUUUCCAAACAUUGGUCAGUUUAUAAAAACAAGGACAAAAUACCAAAGAUUGCAGACCUAUGCCGUGGCUUGUAUGUCAUUCUUUCCUUUUGACUACCUUUUUUUUUUUUUUUAGGUGGCCGCUGCCCGGAAGAUGAUAAAAACUGCGUCUGUUGUAAAGUUUGAUGCUCUGGAGCAUGAGAAGAAAUUCUGGUGCCAUUGCUGUGAGGAGGAAGUGCAGAAACAUACAAGCGAUGGGGGCAUAACUGUAUUGUAUGGCAGUCUUUUGGAACAUAUGCACAGGUAUACAAGGCAUCAUUAUUUACCAACAGUAGCACUUGUCUCUGCAGCAUGUUGUCUGAUGUAGAGUUGAAUAUGUUUUACAGAGGUUCAACUACAGUAUUACCUAAAACGGUUACUCCAAGCACCGUGACCACGUGUGUGAACUUAAGUGGUCAUGGUGCAUAGAGUCUGUGUGUGCAGCAUCUUGCUAUGUAAUGAUGCACAUACUCACGUUAAUCCCUUUGCCUCUGAGGUGUAAUUCCACCUCCUGCAUCGUCACUGGCACAUCAUUAGCCAGCAAUGAACAAGAGCUUCUGUGUUAUGUUGGCUAGCUAAUGCGCUGCCAGAGAUGGACUUACUCUGAGAUGGUCAUGUGUUUGGAGUAACCCUCCUAAAAGAAAUGUGCAAACCGCACCAGAGACAAAUGUAUUUGUCUAGACAGAAUGAAAUGAAAAUUUAUUUUUGUUUCUUACAGUCCAGAACACCGGAAAGCUGUGAACAAAUUCUGGUGGACACAACAAGCAGAUGUGAAGUUGAAGCCACAGUUUACUCUUACACCAGAAGAGUAUGAAAGGUUAGUGUCUGUGAUAGCCUAAUUGUAGCCAUCAUUUAUUGUUCACUAGCACUCUCAUGAGGCCCUGGUAAUAUCAAAUGGAAUGUAGAAUGACUUAACAGCAUUAAAAAUGUAUACAAUAAAUAAAUAGCCAAACAGCUGUCUGUUGGGUAUUCCAACUGAUGUAGGCAAUUGAUAAUCCAAGAACAAUUAGUAGAGAUAUUCCAUUCAACAAAUAACUAAUAUUGUACCCUCAUUGGUGUUCAGCCAAAACAUUCUGUCAAUUGACAAAUUACAAGAACCUUCUACUUUUUGCUGAUCAGAAAUGUCCAACCUUGGCGCUUUGGCUUAUUUUUAACUACAUUUACCAUAGUUUUAUGGCAGGUUGCAAUCUGGUAGUUUGAGCACAAGAGUAGGACAGACCAGGCUUACAUUGUUAAUAUAAUUUUGUUUCUUAAAUAGAAUAUUUCUCAUAUCUCCAUUUUGUGUCACUAUAUGAUCCUAAACUAUGGAAUAAUACUAAAUCUUCUGCAACUGUAGACUGUGAGUCGUCAAUUUUAUUUAUUUUGCUCAUAAACAAGGUAAUUUACUGCCUCUCUAUGGUAGGUUCAAGUCAUCCGUCAUCAAGGCUUUGGAAAACUAUGAGGAAACAGAAGAUCAUCUUAUGAAAGAGGUGUGUGUGUGUUAGUGUUGAAUGUAUUAGAGUGAUUUGAUGCUUUGCACACUUGCUUAUUUCUACCUUUUCUCCAUCAGCUUGCUGCACAGAUCCGAGAGGCAGAACAGAACCGUCUGGAAAUGCUUCACAGUGCUCUAGAGGUUUGUUUCCAGAUCUCCAUCAAACAGUAUCCAUACCAAAUGGUUUCUGGUCAUGUACCACAUGAUGCAGGCCAGGUUUUUUUUUGUGUGUGUGUAUAUAUGUGUGUAUUUAUAUAUCUGUAUGUUUUUGCACUUGAUGGCGGUACAGAAAUCUGUUGUAAGAAAAGAUGCAUGUAGUAGUCUGAUACAGCAGUUUAUAAAUUGGUUUAUAAUACACUUUUUAAAAUAACUGCAUUUUUCACACAUAGCAUACUGUGUCCCCUGGCAAACUAGUGGCUUUGCAUUUGCUACGUGCAAUACAGUUUAUAUGCAAUAAUCCAUUACUAUACAAAAAAGUGGGGUUAUAAGGGAAACAGAGUAUAAAUGUGGUGCUACUAUCACAUAGUGUGAAUCACUCCAACACACCAAAACUCAAUAUAGUGCAGAAAAUAAAAUUAUGGUGAGAGCACUCAAUACAUGCAAAUACAAUAUUUUACCAGAACUUGUUUGAUUGAAAUAUCUAAAAACAUAAAACACAAAAACAUAGGGUAAUAUUGUUUAAAAUAUGUGCAAAUGUUUUCAUGUGACUGGUUAAACUCACAUAUUUCUGAGUCACUUAAAAAGCUGACUCAGACUUAGGGCUUGUAUGGAGAUGAGAAUUUUUCAAUUCUGGACGUCCUGUAUCAAUCCCAAUGAAUCCGCACUGGAAGCACUUGAGAAAGGCUGAUACUGCCGAAACGCGUCGUGGUAUAUUAUAAGGACAUUUUACUUGUAUCUAUUAUAUGUAGUUAUUUUUUUUAACAAUAAAAUUAGAUUGUAUUGGAUCCUGCCUUUUGGAGUGAUUUUAAAGAAGUGCUUCCAGUGCGGAUUCAUUGGGAUUGAUACAGGACGUCCAGAAUUGAAAAAUUCUCAUCUCCAUACAAGCCCUAAGUCUGAGUCAGCUUUUUAAGUGACUCAGAAAUAUGUGAGUUUAACCAGUCACAUGAAAACAUUUGCACAUAUUUUAAACAAUAUUACCCUAUGUUUUAUGUUUUUAGAUAUUUCAAUCAAACAAGUUCUGGUAAAUUAUUGUAUUUGCAUGUAUUGAGUGCUCUCACCAUAAUGUUAUUUUCUGCACAAUAAUCCAUUACUGUAUCAUCCAUCACCACAGUUCUACUGAAUGGGUGUCUUUUCCAACGAAGCCCAUAUUUAGAAUUGUGUUUUGGCUAACCUCUUGAUGUUUAAUUUGGCAACUACUGCAUUCUGGGGAGAGAGUAAUAAUUCACCAUUUGACUUGCAGUACAGACUGCAUCUAAUACCCCAAAUGCUAAUCCAUUGUACCUCAGAGACCUGCACAGCAUUGGAGAAAUCAGAUUAACACUACUUUGAUCCUGUUUUAAACCCACAAAAAAUGUAAUUUAUUCACAAAUGAAUCUACAUACACAAUAUAAACUCCAUAUUCCCACCAAUGUUUUAAAACAUAGAAACUUAGAAUGUAGCAGCAGAUAAGAACAAUUCGGCCCAUCUAGUCUGCCCAAUUUUCGAAAUACUUCCAUUAGUCCCCGGCUUAUCUUAUAGUUAGGAUAGCCUAUCCCACGCAUGCUUAAACUUGUUUACUGUGUUAACCUCUACCACUUCAACUGGAAGGCUAUUUCAUGCAUCCACUACCCUAUCAGAAACAUUCCUUUUCAUAUUUUCUGCCUUUUUUUUUUUUUUUUCUUCAUUAUCUGUUUACUUCUUCUACUACAUAGAAUAAUUCUUCCUAAAAGAUUCAAACUAUAACAUAACCAAAUUACAUUCCUAACCCAGUGACAAUAGAAAAGUGUAAAUAUGGGAACUUUAAAAACUUGAUAAAGUGUUAAUACUUCCUGAAUCACACCUAGCCUGUAGCAUGCCAUUCUGGAGAAGAGAGAAAAGUGUCCUGGAGCAACCAAGAAGGCGUUGUGUACAGGUAAGGAGACUUUAAUGCUUUCUGUCACUAUAACUGCAAAAUAAACAAACCUAUAAUACAAUCAAGCUAACACAGGCAUGUGAGAAUGCAACACAUCUAGGCACACUCCUACACUGAAACUUUUCAGACAGUUACUAAAUAUACAGAUUUCCCUUCGUGUGAGGGAUAUAAACCUUUUUUUGUAACUUAAAAAAAAAAAAAAAAGCUUAACUCUGGGUGGGAUAACACUGUGCUAAUAUCACUUCUGUUCUAGAUCUUAUAUGGCAUAAAAAUUAAUUUCUAGUGUUCCUUUUAAUACGUAUUUUGAUGCAUGUAAAGAAUCUUAAGAAUCUCUAGAAUUUGCAGUUUACCUUUUUUUUUUAUUUUUUUUUUAUUUUAUUUUUUUUACUAUAUGUGUACUUCCCCCCCUCUUGUUAUACUGGUUCAAACCCCUCUUCCUUUGUAUAUUUCUUACUCCAUACACAUAACUUGUUAAAGAGCAUCUUUUAUGGUAAACAUUUGUGAUGUCACAUUGUUAUUUGAAUAUUCAAUGGAGACUAAAGUGAAUGCAUGGAAGCAAUAGGUACAGAGAGCAGGACUGUGGUGGUCCUGAUCCAAUGUUUCAAAGAUGAGAUUUAAAAGGUUCAUAACAAUUACAGCCUGCUUUGUUGUUUCCUGGUAAGGGGGGUAGAGGACUGGGCAGGAGGGCUGCUAGUGAGUUUCUCAUUUUACCCAGCAGAGUAAAUGUUGUUGAAGUGUGUAAUGAGAUGAAGAGUGCAGUAUAAAACACACUAAUAACUGCGGCACACUUGUAUAACUGUCAGGCAUCUAAUUGGGGAAUUUGAUAUGAGCGUAUGUGCGAUUUAAAAUUUCCUAAUUUUGCUGUAUUGUGCUUAGAAUUAAAAAAAUAUAUAUAUACUUAAAUAUAUAUAUGGAUGGUGUUUCUCAUUCCUGAAAGAUGUCAGCUGCACGUAAUGCCAGUGAUUGUGUAUGCACCCCAACUCAUUAAUUAUGUGUAAUGACCACUACCAACACUAAAUAUUGAGUAUGAGACUGCCUGUACACAAGUAUUCUGCCAAAUAACAGAAAUGUAGUGUCAAGUCUAAAUUAUUACUGUUUUAUUAUACACUGCUAUAUCUGAUCGGUUGCUGACAUUGCAUGCUUUCCGCAACAUUUAGUUUGUUUUAUAUGAAUAUCGUGAUGCAGUCCCAAAGCUCAUGCCUUCUCACUGAAUAACUGCUAGAUUGUGGCAAUUCAAAGUAUGCUUGCUAUACAUUGAGUAUAUGGAAAUAUUCUAAAUUAAUAUUUGUUUUUUAUAUUUCUAACUUUAGUGUGUUCCUUUUAUGCAUUUAUAUUAUGCACCUCCACUUUCAAAAUUAGAAGAAAUGCUGUUUAAUUUACAUGUAAUCUUAGGCCUAGACCGUCUCCAAUCAUUGUCUGCUCUGCCUGUUCUGAGAUCAACAUUGGGGACCUGUUUCCAUGCUUUGCCGAUCAAAUGCUUUUCCUAGAGAAGCAUUGAACAUAGUUGUUACUUGGAAUUAAUUCUCAAAGGUUUUCAUGCAAGUGCCUCUCCAUUGCUGCUGUUAUGACUGCAACUAGAAUUGUGUUAUCUGGCCGAUGUAAGCAUUGUGGUUUCUCUAAAGCCACAAUGAUUUACAUUGCCAGAGAAAAGGAACCGGGUAUGUACACCAAAACUUCAUUAAAUGUUUCUGUCACCUUCUGGGAUCUCUGAAUAUUAUUUUAUUUUUAUUUUUUUAGUCCUCCGAUGGUAAAACUGCCUCUCAGGGUGUGGAGACAUGGGUUAUUUAUACUUCCCAGAUGCUGUCCCAUGCAGUCUUCCACUCCUGGCGCUUCAUCAAGAGUACAAUACUGAUGUGUGAAGACUCUAAGACAAUGCCUUCUUCCAAAAGUUGUUGUUAGCAAUGGCUGGGGGAAUUACUGAGCAAAACCGCGUAAGCUCUGCUGUUUUGUCAGUUUGAGGCUUUACCAUAACAUAAGUAGUCCUAACUUUGUCUUGUUGUUUGGCUUCAUUGGAAUUUAAAUGAAAUUCCACCUGUUUUUAUGAGCAUAGUAAGGAUGCAGUGUCAUUUUAAGUGAAUCCAUUUGUUUAUUAUUUAUAUAGCGCCAGCAAGUUCUGUAGCGCUGUACAAUGGGAUAUUGACUAGCCAUAUGGCCAGAACUAUGUAUAUUUUAAUUUAUUUAGAAAUAACAAAUCAAAAUGGAAUUAUUCAUAAAGUAUUGCUUAAUUUUCAAUAGCCUACGGUAUGGGCUCAGAGUAACACAACUGGUCAUGCUUGCCUAUCUUCUAUUGGGAAUCAACAAAGUGGAAAAAAUGGAAUAGAAAAGGUAGAUGCUGCAAACUAAGGAACUUCGUGUGCGCUCUUAACAUUCUGUGCUGCACAGUCCAAAAAUGUUUUAUUUAUUUUUUUGAACUAGGGAAACUGUAGAUCUGGAUUCAGAAGAGCCUGGUCCUAGUGGAAUCCAUUUCAUGGCUUCCAAUUCAACAAGAACACCUCUGACAUAUAUUGGUCACCUGGUAACCGUAUUUAUUUAUUUAAGAGAAACUCUGAUUUUGUCGUAAUACUUUUUUUUUUAUCUUUAUUGAUUUUAUAUACGUAUUUAUUUUUAGAAAAUAUGCAAGUUAGCUCUUUUAGCUCUAACUUCGUACAAAUUUUUGUAGCAUGAUGACAUGCGUAAAACUCAUUAAAGAUGCUAAACAAAUUGUAAAUCCCAGAAAGGCACCAGUCUGUAUAAAAUUUAAUAACCCAGCAUGCAGUCUUAUUGGGGUUUCCGUGGGAGCAGACAGUGUUUGUUAUAUGCUGUAGUGUUGUAUGCUAACUGGUGCUCAGUGUGAUAUUUUUCAAGUUUUGUGCUUAGGGAUUUUAUCUCUUACUGCUUUGGAGACUAGACUGCUAACUUGUGUACAAAUGAGUUUUUGGAUACAUUUAAAACCCCCUCUAGGGUUUGUAAUGGAACAGCUGCCAACUAGCUAUCGAAUACGUAAAAUAUAGUGAAUGGAGUUGGUUUUGGUUAUAUAUAUAUAUAUAUAUAUAUUAUUUAUUUAUCGACUUUUUUUAUUUAUCCAUUGGUUAUUUUUGCUCCCCAGGUGACGUCUUCAGUAGGAAAUGUACAUACAGGUAAGCAGACCUCUAUAUGUAUAUGCUAAAAGGCUUCUUUAGAAGCCUAAUCAGUGAAUUUUCAAACAUCUGCUUCUGUAAGUUCUUGUUUGGAGUUACCCGUUAUAGUAUUGUUUUACAAAAUAGGAUUGAUACACUCCUCUAGGCAAAUUACCAUUUUCUUGGAUCUUUACGCUUACAGGUGCUAUUCCCCCCUGGAUGAUACCAGAUGCAAAUGAGUCAAAAGAACAGAAAGAAAUUGGGCCAUCACAUGCAGAUUUCCUGAAACAUAGUAAGUCAUUGGGGAACACACAACCCUACAAUAUACUAUUUAAUUUAUUUGGCAUGGUGUGCAACAAUGCCUCCCUGGAGACCCUAUACUAAUUUACUCUACCAAGCUGUAAUUGGUGUAUUAACCUACUUACAAGGGUUAAAAAGGUAAGAUUUUACUUGCAUUACAUCCCAAGGCAUGCUGGUUUCCUUGCUGCCAAUCCACCUUCCUGGCUGAGAUCAUAAAGACUGAAGACCUCAGCCAAUGCUACUACAUAGGAAAGCAUUGAGAGGCUAGUGCUCAUGUGCAACAAAAUGCUAUAUAUAAGUUUAACUCUGUAAUAGCUGCUGAAGUACCUCUAAGUAGCUGUCAGGAAGAUAGCCACUAGACGAAUGUUAACCUUGCAAUUAAACCUUCCUAAAAAAAAAAAAUAGAUUCCUUUCCGUACAAAGAAUUGGUGCGUAAUCUAUUGAAUUAUGUGCUCUUCAGUGUUUUAAAUACCUCUUAUUAAAAAUUAUACAGACCGGUAUAUUGAUACCUCAGGCACAAUGAGAACACAAAUUCUUAAUCCUCAACUGUGCAAAACCGCGAAGAACAUAUGUAAUAUAGUUUCAAAUAAACAGAAUUAGUGCAAAUACCCUUGUGUAUAUGUGCCAAAUAAUUUUCAUUUAUAAUUGCAUAAGAAUUCAUAAUGUGUGUCCAGAGGGUCUGUAUUAAACAAACUUAAGAGACAGAUCUAGUGCAGUAUAUUAAGACCAUCUUAAACCAAAUAAAAAUCUCUGUAGGACUAAAAAUCCCAGAAGAUGACUGGGUAAAGUGUUUAGGAAAGUAAAGGAAUUAAGAAUGUGUGCUGUCAUUGUGCAUGAGGUAUAUUGAUUUUACACUUGUUUGUAUUUUUAUUGAGUGGAAUUUUUCAGUUUUAAAAAUCCAAGAGCACAUAUUUUUAAUUGCGCACUAUAUUUUUGUACUAUUAGUAAUUGGGAAUUGUUUACCAGGGUUUUUAAUUUGGUUGCUGCAAAUGAUGAAUGGCACAGUUGUUUUAAUUCUAAUAUUUGCACUGUGAAUUGCUCUGCACCACUUUUUACUUUAUAUAUUUUUUGUGAAAAACCUCAAUGUUUUCAGUUACAGGGUUAAAAAGACUGGGACACUGCACCUAGAUAUCUUCAUUGAGAUGUUUUCUAGAUGUCUGUAAGUCACUUUAAACUGAAUUGCUGUUGCUGGACUUCUCUAAGUUUCAUUAUUUUCCCCCCACAGAGGAGAAGAUGAAUCUGAAAAAACUUCCUCCAAACAGAGUAGGAGCAAACUUUGACCACAGCACUCCCACAGAUGAGGGUUGGCUUCCUUCCUUUGGCAGAGUGUGGAAUAGUGGAAGAAGGUGGCAGUCUCGGUACGUAUGGAAGCAAUGCAAGCAUCACAUGUUGGUAUUGCCUGCUUCAUGGCCAAGUUCCUUGCUCGUUUUGAUUUACUCACAGGGUUAUUCACUAAACUGCGAAUGGCCCUGCACUAUCCUGCUCUGUACAGGGAUUCUGCAUAUUGUUCACACUAGUUCUACCAACCCAAAAAUUAAUGUUUUCAGAAAGCACUGUUUUUGGUAAGAGUGUAUGGGCUUCCAAGGCUUAUUGAUGCAAGUUGGGAGUGAAGGCUAGCCCACCUGGUCUGAACACAAAAAAGCUACUUUAGCUCAGAUUGCUCAAAACCUUAAGGUCACGAUAGAAAGGUGUCAUUACACAGUGCAUCACAGGUUGCUGCAUAUGGGGCUGUGUAGCCACAGACUGGUCAGAGUGCCCGUGAUGACCCCCUGUCCACCAACGAAAAUGCACUUUCAAUGGGGACGUGGGUGUUGGAAGUGGACCAUGGAGCAAUGGAAGAAUGUUGACUGGUCUGGUGAAUCACGUUCUUUUAGAUUAGUUGGAUGGCUGGAUGCAGGUGCGUUAUUUACUUGGGAGGAAAGCAGACCAGCAGAGACCAUGCUGUGCUUUAGGAAACCUUGGGUCCUGGCAUUCAUGUGGAUGUUUCUUGAACACCGACAACGUACACCCCUUGAUGGCAAUGGUUUUCCCUGAUGGUACUGUUCAUUCAGCAGGAUAAUCAACACUGCAAAAAAAUGUUCAGAAAUGGUUUGAGAAACAUGGUAGAGUUCAAGAUGUUGCCAUGGCCUCUCAGUUCUCAAUCUGAUUGAGAAUCUGAGGGAUGUGCUGGAAAAAGAAAUGUCUUGGUGCCAGGUACCACAGGGCACAUUCAGAGGUCUUGUAGAGACCCUGCCUCAAUGCAUCCUAGCUGUUUUGGCAGUAGAAUGCGGACCUAUACGAGUAGUUGGUGCAAUCAAUUCUGUUAUGCAAGGAAAGGUACAUUUUUGAAAAAGGGAGGGGGGAAAAAAAAUUACCAUUUGAAGUAAGGGGUGAGUUGGUAUGAUAAAAUGAAACUAAGCAAAUGUGGUGUAGCUUAAUGUACUUGUCGAGCAUGGUCAGAGAUGGUUCCUUAUGUAAGAUAUAUGCGUUAGAAUGUGGAUCUACAUUCUGCACCAACUAUGACUUCUCCAGCUCAACAAAUGUCUCUUUUCCUAAAGCGUUUACUAUUACAACCACUGUUGCAUGCCUUUAAAAAAAAAAAAAAAAAAAUUUUUUUUUUAUAUCAUUCAAUCCUGCAAGUUUUUGUCUUGCUCCAAAACAACUUGACCAUAAUCAAAAAUAGUGCUUAGCAUUACAGAGAUCUUAAUCUUUUAAGGACCAAGGCUUUUUUGAGCUGCAACACAUUUGUGACCUAAGCUUUUUUUUUUUUUUUUUUGGCCAUCCAUUCUACCUCAGUUUUUCCCCUUUCUGUAGGAGCAAAAGCAAAUUUAAAUCUACCGUUGCAGCGCAUUUGUGCUAUGGUGGCAUUUAAAGGGCUAAGUGUAGUACUCACUUUGAAAGCAGCAGUGAGUUAGUCUGUUAGUCUAUAGAAAACUGACCUGGUCUUUAACACAUUGUAAAAAGUAAAGGAACCUGUUCUUUAAGAAAUUAUUUUUGCUAUUUCAUUAUUGCACGGAGUCCAAAAAUCUCAAUCUUUCCUACAGACACCAAUACAGAAGUGAGGUGGAAGAGGUGGCUGCAAAACGGAAAAAAAGGAAUGAAGAGCCAUAGAGAAGCAAUUCUGUAUACACUUGUGUAUCUGAAAAUUAUCUGCUCUCUGCAUUUGCUGUUUUGUUUUUAUUUAUUUUUUGUACAUACUGUAUCUAAAACCAUAAAUUUGAAAUUCUUACA